GGUUAUUAUCACUAGUAUUUCAUAAUAAUAUUUCUAAUGAUAACUGAUUUAAUGGACAGAAAGUGUUUAGAUUAUUGUUUAAUGGAUUGUGUUUUAGUCCACAUAUUAUAAUAAUGCCGUCAAAAAAGUUUACAAAAAUUUGCUCAAUUUGUGGCGAAAAGGCUAUCGGAUAUAAUUUUUGUGCCAUAUCUUGUGAAUCGUGUAAAGCCUUCUUCCGGAGGAAUGCAACCAAAUUAGAUGAGUAUAAGUGUCCGUUUGAGGACAAAUGCAAAGUAAAUGUCGUGACCAGAAAAUUCUGCCGCAAGUGUCGGCUCCGCAAGUGUUAUGCCGUCGGAAUGAAACAGGAAUGGAUUCUCAAUGACGAGGAGAAAGAGUUGCGGAAGAAUAAGAUCGAAGAGAACCGAAAGAUCAAAGAGAUUACCGACAAAAAGGCCACCAAAACAAAGCACCCGAAACAGCGGCCGGCGGGCAGUCUAUCGCCGCCGCAAACAUCGACCAGCGGUGACACAACUGCCGAUCUCUUUGACACCAAUUCCAACACAAUUAUCAGUGACGACGACAUCAUCACAAAUAUUAUGGAUAUCGAGCGAUAUCUGACCCCUAAUGACAACAACAGCGCCGAUGAUAUGACCGUCGAUACGAUGACCACAAUAAUGACCGACAGUUGCGGCGGCGACGGCACCGGCUGUUCAGCGGGCGAGUCGGCCGACGGCGACGAGAUCUCUGACCGCACGUACCAGAAGGCGGUGGAACUGGAGUUGGCUGUACUGCCCAUACCUAAGCCGCUGGACAACUGUACGGCGCUGAAUGAGGCCGAGCGCACACGAAUGGCCGAGUUGUUCAAAGUUCAGGCGGCGCUCAAUUGGAAGCGUUUGCCCGACAAUAAACUGGUGGCCGAAACCAUCGACGAAGUGAUCAAGUUUUUUGUCUCAAAGUUUGAUAUCUAUGUCCAACACCUCGUGGACACAACCAAACAGUUGGCCGCGUUUCAGUGCCUCUGCGAGAAUGAUAAGAUCGCCCUGGUCAAAUAUUCUAGCCUCGAGAUACUCCUUAUGCGUACAGCCAUUAAUUUUAAUUACGAGAACGAGUACUGGACUUUUAUCAUGGACGAAGAGAAUUCAAUAAUACUUAAACUGGAUUUAUUAAAAUCAGUCAAACGGGACUGUUAUUCAUAUUUUAGGACAUUUUUACACAAAUUUGGCAGCGAAUGGGAUUCCGACCCUUUUAUUAUAGAUUUGUUAAUGCCGAUAAUACUGUUCAAUCCCGAGCGACCAAACAUUAUCGAUAAGGAGUACAUCAAAGUUCAACAACAGAUCUAUAUGUAUUUACUUCAACGUUAUUUACGGCUGAAAUACCCGUCGGAAUGCGAAACAAAGGCCAAAUUCUUGCGGAUUCUGAAUCUAUUAGAAUAUUUGCAAAAAUUGGAUGAAAUUCAUAAAUUGAAUUACAGGGAGACGACCGACAAUCCCAUGGACUUCGGGCCCAUUAUGCGCGAAGUGUUUGACAUACCGACCAUCGAUGCCAUACCAGCCCCUGAGCUCAGGUAUCAU